UGGCGCUGUACAACUUGCUCGGUCUACUCUUUGGGAUAUCAUAAUCGCAGCGAUCAAACUUGCUGCCCGUUCAGAGGGCUUGACGGAAGGGUUGGAUGAGUUCAGACAACUAGAUCACAAAAUUCCAGCCAAAGUCGGCAGAAUCACCUACCAUGGCGCACCAAUCCCCGCUGAUAGCCAUACCUCGUAAAACCACCAAUGAUGUAGACUGGGCAACUCCCAUUCGUGCCAUCAUCGCCAAUUCAUACGGAGAGAGUCCGAGCUCGUAUACUGAAGAGUGCAGCGUUCUCCAGCGGUGCAGGCAGGAUGCAGUCAAAGGCGCUGGCAGUGACGCUACCGCUCGAGAUUUGCUGUACAAAUACUUUGGACAACUUGAGCUCUUGGAGUUAAGGUUCUCAGAGAUGAAGGUGCCCUUCGCUUGGACCGAUGCCUUUACUCUCAAAUCCACUACACAAACCUCUCUCGCAUUCGAGAAAGCUUCCAUCAUCCACGUACUCGCCGCCGUUCUGUCUUCAUUGGCGUCUGCUGGGUCUAGAGCAGAUGGGGAAGGCAUCAAGCGCUCCUAUUUCAACUCUCGAGCCUCAGCCGGCAUGCUGACAUACAUCAAUGACAACUUUCUGCACGCACCUUCGAAUGAUCUCAGCCGAGAAGUCGUGCAGCUCUUGAUUGGUAUAAUGAUGGCACAAGCGACGGAGAUCUUCACAGAGAAGCUGAUUUCAGAGAAGAAAGCCCCUGCGUUGGUCUGUCGAUCCGCCAAUCAAGUCGCUGGAAUGUACAGUACCGUCGUGGACGACAUGAAGGAGUUCCAAGGCAAAGGGAUCUUUGACCGAAAUUGGCUCAGCGUCUUACAAACAAAAGCCAAAUUGUUCGCCUCCGUGGCUCAAUACUAUCGGUCGACUGGUGAUAGUGCAGCUGGGAAACAUGGAAUGGCAGUAGUGAGGAUGAAAUUGGCCGAUUCCUUGGCUCAGGAGGCGCAACGAUCCGCCGGCCAGUUCCAAUACUCUUUUGUUUCUACCGCGACUCCAACUCUGCCGCAUGAUGCUGCUACCAGCUUGUUCGAAAUCUGCAAGGCUCACGCAUCGCUGUGUGCGGAAGCGAAAAUUCAAGUCAAUAAAGACAACGACCUCAUCUACCACGACAUGUUGCCUUCAGAGGCAUCUCUGCAAUCCCUCGAAAAGCUUCCACCUGCGGCCCCGAUUACCAUCCAGGAAGUCUACAGCAACCAGGAAGUCUCCAAGCUGAUCGGACCAGACAUCUUUGCUCGACUGGUUCCCAUGGCAGUACACGAAUCCGCAUCCAUGUAUUCAGAGGAGAAGGCAAAGCUUGUGCGUGCGGAAGUUGAGCGAGUCGACUUGAGCGAAGGAGAGAUCCGGGCGACUUUGGAGCAUCUUGGCCUACCCGCACUUCUGACGUCCUGGAGAAGGCUUGCGAACGAUGAUGAGGAGGGCGAGGGAGAUGUAGAGAUCUCGGGCCAGCUUCGCCGAUUGGCUCAGGACAUUCAGAGUGGUGCGCCGCUGGACAGCCUCCUCCGUCAACUCAACAGUGAACGCGAAAAAUGUGAACGAGACCUGCGGGAGCUGAACGGCAUGCUGGAUAGUGAGAGCCGAGAGUGCGAACGGAUGAGGGUCAAAUACACCCCCCAGUUCACUCAAUCACCAUCCGGCUCAAGGACUGCUCAUUAUCGGAACACCAUCACUGCCAAUCUGGAAUCACUUACUGCUGCUGCAUCGACAGACCAGCAAGUCUCGGCACUGUGGAGGGAGAUCCAACCUCAGAUUGGCGUUUUAUCCGGAGGCGAGGCUCAGCUUCGCCAGACGGCUCAACAAGUUGCAUCGGGUCAGGCACCACCUUCCACACCGCAGGGCGCGAGUCUGCUCGACUUGCAGGAUGAGGAGAUACCAUCCAAGUCUGGGCUGAGCGAAGCUGAAAAGGAUGAGCUCAAAGUCAUGGCGUCUCAAGCUCAGGAAAAGCUGGACCGCCUUGGGAAGAUCCGCAAAGAGCGAGACGACGUGCUUCGUGACUUGAAGGAAAAAAUUCAGAACGACGAUGUGUCCUCGCUCUUAUUGCUAAAUCGCCGAUCUCAAGAUGUUGAACCUCAACUUUUCGCCAGCGAGCUGGAAAAGUUCCGUCCGUAUCAAGGUCGGAUCGGCGCCGCCAUUUCAGCUUCCCAAGAAGCGCUCAAAGACUUGUCAGAGAUCAUUGAUAAUGUCAGUCAGGGCAACGGUGUCCGUCAGAGACAGCGCGGUCAGAAAGAACGACAGAAACGGAUUCGAGAUUGGGAGCGAUCCCUCGAAAGGACAGGAGAACAGUAUAGUGAGGUCCGAGCUGGCGCUGGAAAAGGCCUGUCGUACUAUGAGAGCUUGACUGUGGUGAUCAAUGACCUUUCUCGCGAGGUCAGAGAAUACAUCAGGUCUAGGGAUUCAGAGAGGAACAAAAUGGUCGCGGAAAUUGAGACUCGACAGAGGAUCAGUGGAGGAUCAACUGGAAGUGAUUCCCGUGGUCUCGACUCUUCGAUGGCUGGAUUGUCAAUCUCUCGUUCGCCAUACGCGUCACCUCCACCUCCUCCUCCCUCAGCAGGAUCGAGUGGAUACCCUUCCUUGACACCGACGAGCCUCCCGACUCCGCCUGGUCAUAGCUCGACACCUCACUUUCCGCCUCCACCUCCUCCACCUGCACCAGCCAAAUCGCCCUCCAAUCCAUACGAUUUCAGUAGCCUGGGUAACCUGCCUUCAGCAUUCUCGACAUCAUCCCACCAGCCUUCUCAACCCCCGCCACUGCACUCGUCAUAUUCAUCUAGCUCCUCCAGCUCUAACCCUUACCCAACGCCGUCUGCUCCUCAUUCGGGCUAUACUUCUCCACCGCCUCACUCUUCUUAUCCUCCUCCACCUCCUGCGAGGAACCCCUCGGCCAAUUACUACCCUCCUCCAUCGUCAACGCCACAAAGGCAGACUUCCGGUUCUUAUCCCUCAUAUCAGCCCCCUCCUCAACAAUCACAUUAUCAGCCGCCUCCACAGACAUCUUAUCAACCUCCUCAUCAGCCUCAGUCUCAAUAUGCUCCUCCUCCCCCACAAACAACGUAUCAGCCGCCAUCUCAACCACAGUAUCAGCCGCCGUCCCAACAGUAUCAGCCGCCACCCAACCAUCCAGGCUCUCGGCCCCAAUAUCAUCCUCCCAGCCAACAUCAACCUCCCUAUCCUUCUUAUGCCCCACCCCCUUCGCGGCAGCAAUACGGGCAGCAGCAGCAGCAACAGCAGCAAUAUGGCCAAGGAGGCUACCAGUACCGUUGAGAUACUGGGAUUCCGACCCCUUCCUUUGGCAAAGGAUGCAUACUGUGUAUGUG